AUGGCUGUGGACUCUGCUGCCCCAGGGAGCACCUUCUGUAAGCAGCUCCUUUUCUCUCUCCUGGUUCUUAUAUUAUUUUGUGAUGCUUGUAAGAAAAUUUCUCUUCAAGUUCCUUCUCAUCUUAAGGCUGAAACACUUGUAGGGAAAGUGAAUCUGGAGGAGUGUCUUCAGUCUGCCAGCCACAUUCUGUCCAGUGACCCUGACUUCAGAAUUCUAGAAGAUGGCUCCAUUUACACAACAGAUGACCUCAUUUUGUCUUCUAAAAGGAAGAGCUUUUUCGUUUUACUCUCAGACACUCAGAGACAGGAACAGAUAGAGAUAGAACUUGUACUAGCAGCAAGGGAAAAUAAGGCUCAUAAGAAGAGACGUGCCAAAGACACAAGCCUUACACGCAACAAGAGACGAUGGGCUCCUAUUCCAUGUUCACUAAUGGAAAACUCAUUAGGUCCAUUUCCACAACACAUCCAACAGAUCCAGUCUGACACUGCACAGAAUUAUACCAUCUUUUACUCCAUAAGUGGACCAGGAGUGGACAAAGAGCCCUUCAAUUUGUUCUACAUAGACAGAGAUACUGGGGAUAUGUUUUGUACACGAAGCAUAGAUCGUGAGCAAUAUCAACAGUUUUCGCUAUAUGGCUAUGCAACAACCUCUGAUGGUUAUGCACCAGAGUAUCCACUCCCCAUCUCAAUUGUAAUCGAAGAUGACAAUGAUAAUGCCCCAUAUUUUGAAAACAAGUUGACUACCUUCAGUGUGCCUGAAAAUUGUAGACCUGGAACUUCAGUGGGCCAAGUGACUGCCAUUGACAAUGAUGAACCUGACACCUUGCAUACUCGCCUGAAGUAUAAAAUCUUACAACAAAUCCCAGAUCGUCCAAAGCAUUUCUCUGUACAUCCAGAUACAGGUGUCAUCACAGCAGCUACAUCUUUGCUGGACAGAGAACUCUGUGAUACAUACAAGUUAAUAAUGGAAGUGCGAGACAUGGGGGGUCAACCUUUUGGUUUAUUUAAUACAGGAACAAUUACUAUUUCACUUUUGGACGAAAAUGACAAUUCACCAACGUUCACAGAAACAUCUUAUUUUGCAGAGGUAGAAGAAAACAGAAUUGAUGUUGAGAUUUUACGGAUGAAGGUAUACGACAAGGAUUUGCCCAACACACCUCACUCCAAGGCCAUAUACACGAUCCUACAGGGAAAUGAAAAUGGAAACUUCAAAAUUUCCACAGAUCCAAACACAAAUGAAGCAGUUUUGUGUGUUGUCAAGUCAUUGAACUAUGAAGUCCUUCGCCAAAUUGUUUUGCAAGUUGGUGCACUUAAUGAAGCACAGUUUGCUAAAGCAGCAAACUCACAAACUCCUACCAUGUGCACUACAACUGUCACCGUUAAAGUUAAAGACACUGAUGAGGGCCCUGAAUGCCAGCCACCAGUAAAAGUUAUUCAGAGUAAAGAUAGCCUUCCACCUGGUACAGAGCUCCUUGGAUACAAAGCAAUGGAUCCGGAAACACGUAGUAGUGAAGGCUUAAGGUACACGAAGAUAGGAGAUGAAGAUAACUGGUUUGAAAUUAAUGAACAAACUGGAAACUUGAGAACUAUAAAAACAUUAGAUAGAGAAUCAAAAUUUGUGAAAAAUGACCAAUACAAUAUUUCAGUGAUUGCAAGGGAUGCAGGUGGCAGAUCUUGCACUGGAACAUUAGUAGUUCUUUUGGAAGAUGAAAAUGAUCACUCUCCAGAAAUUGUUAAAGAGUGGACAAUUUGUCGCAAUGAUAAAGAGUUUGCUGUUCUGAAACCUGUAGAUCUAGAUGGGCCUAAUAAUGGCCCACCGUUUCAAUUCGCUUUGGAUAAUUCUGCCAGCAAAUUGUGGACUUUAGAUUCAAAGGAUGGUCACACGGCUAUUCUUCGUGAACGGCAACCUCUUGAUUAUAACUAUUAUUCUGUGCCUAUCCACAUAGAAGACAGACAUGGUUUGGGUGCAAAGCACAUAUUACAAGUGAGAGUGUGUGACUGUACAACUCCAUCUGACUGUAGAAUGAAUAAAAAGGAUAGAGAUGUUAAGAUGUCAAAGGUCAUACUUGGAAAAUGGGCUAUUCUUGCCAUGGUGUUGGGUUCUGCAUUGCUGUUAUGUAUUCUGUUUACGUGUUUCUGCAUUACUGCUAAGAAGACAGUAAAAAAAUGUUUUCCGGAAGACGUGGCUCAGCAAAAUUUAAUUGUGUCAAACACUGAAGGACCUGGAGAAGAAGUGAUGGAGGCAAAUAUUCGACUCCCCACACAGACUUCCACUAUUUGUGACACAAGCGUUGGUGGUCAGGGAAUCAAAACCCAGCAAAGUUUUGAAAUGGUUAAAGGAGGCUACACUUUGGAAUCCAAUAAAGGAGGUGGACACCAAACCUUGGAGUCCUGCAAGGGAGUAGGUCAGGGUGUAACGGACACUGGCAGAUACACCUACACAGACUGGCAUAGCUUCACCCAACCACGUCUUGGUGAAAAGGUGUAUCUGUGUGGACAAGCUGAAGAGCAUAAACAUUCCGAAGACUGCAUUCGUUCAUAUAACUAUGAAGGAAAAGGGUCUCUGGCUGGUUCGGUAGGCUGCUGCAGUGAUCGUCAGGAAGAGGAGGGGCUUGAGUUUCUAGAUCAUCUGGAACCCAAAUUUAGGACAUUAGCAAAGACAUGUGUAAGGCAAUAA